AAUUAUUGCCUCCUGUACAGAAAGAUCUCGCGAUGCAGCGGAUAUUUCCAGAGUGAGUUUGACGCCAGACAGUCAAGAUAUCGGUUUGUUGGUUGGGAAAUAAGAUAGCGGCCCUUGGGGUGAGCUAAUCUGAAAAUCGGAUAAAACUGAUUAAAAAUGACUAGGGGAAACCAGCGUGAACUUGCUCGCCAGAAAAAUGCCAAGAAGCAAAGUGAUAUGCACAAGGGCAAGAGAAAUGACGAUGGUUUAUCUGCUGCUGCCCGAAAGCAGAGAGAUGCAGAAAUAAUGCAACAGAAGCAAAAGAAAGCCAACGAAAAGUCGGAUUCUAAAGCCAAAUAGUUAGAAGACAUCGACAAAUCAUCCGGACGAUCUUAAGCCAUCUUGGUCUGGAUUCAGCAGCAUCAUUGUUUGUACUUUCCUUUAAAGCCUUUUUUGUACUGUACCAAUUUAGGUUGAACUGGGUAUUUACUUCACUGUGCACAGGUCUCUCUUUUCUUGAGCAGUAUUUACCAUGUAAAAACCAAGAAUAACAGACCCAUCUCGGAAACACAUACUCUUGUAUUUUUUUUUCCCCCAUUUCCUUAAUUGUUGAAUAAAGUAACUCAAAUCAGA